GAAAUUUCAGAUUCGACCCCGACGACGAGGAUGCAACAGCUUGAAGCGGGUCAAGAGCUACUGACAUGGCUCAGAGAUGCGGGAGGUCUGGUUCAUCCAGCCUUGGAGCUGCGUAUGGAUGAAGACACCGGUCUCAGUGCCUUCACUUCCAGAGAGGUCGGAGCUGCUGAACAGCUCAUAUCGUGCCCGUUCGACUUGGCGAUAACGAUAGAGGUGGCGACUGGAGCCAUCUGUAGUAUCUAUGGUAUACAGGAAAGCGAGUUGCAUGAGUGGAAUGAGCGGAUGAGGAUAGUGACCUACUUGGUACUUCACCACGUUCAUUCCGGUUCAUCAGACUGGCCGGAAGCUCUCGGUCAUCUCAAAUACGUCAACUCUCUGCCGAGUGCUGAUCUUCUCCUCACCCCGUUACACUACUCUGAGCCGGAACUCGAGCUGCUGCAGGGUACCAACAUGUACGGAGCGAUCGAGGCGCAACGAGCUCUGUGGAAGUCGGAGAGCGAGAGGAUAAACGAGGCUGUCAAAGACCCCAGAUUGACUUGGGACCUGUACCUCCUCUCUGCCACCCAUUAUCAAUCUCGUGCAUUUCCUUCAAGACUCUUGAAGCUCGCCACAACUAGCACCUAUGUCAACGCCAUUCCAGAACCAUCCACCGAGGAUGAAUCGUACCCUAUGCUCCUACCUGGUGUGGACAUUUUCAAUCAUGCUCGAGGCCAACCCGUCACGUGGCUGUCCACAUCUAUCCCUUCUGCAGAGGGAUCUUGCCCCUCCGUCGUCGUCCUUGAUCGUGGCGGUAUACGCGAAGGCGUCCAAGUGUUCAACAACUAUGGACCGAAAUCAAACGAAGAAUUCCUGUUCAGCUACGGUUUCGUGUUGGAUCCAAAUCCAGACGAUACAGUGACUCUCAAAGUCUCUUCUGGCGGCAUGACUCCAGAAGGUGAAGCUCGACUGAAGGAGAGACGUCUCGACGCGAACCGAAAGUUUGUGCUAAGGCUUGAUAGUCCUGUUCCGCAAGAUCUCCUCAGGAUGUUACGGGUCGUCCUCGGGGAAGAAGUCGAGGUGGACAAUAACGGUGAAGACGAGGAUGACUUGCAUGCCGAGCACGAAAGGGAGGUCAAGACUGUCGAGCUGGAAUUGGAUGUCCUGGGUCUGCUUGGCUCCAUGCUGGAAGACAAGCUGGCCAAGUUGCCCCCGAUGAAAGAGGACAGCACUGGCGUGCGGGAGGAGGUGGCGAGAAUGUGUCGGGUCUAUGUGCAGGGCCAAUCUGACAUCCUGUCAAACACCAUAACCACUGUUAUUGAUAAGAUAGAUCAACUAGAGAACAUGCUGGAUCAAGGCAUGGGCGAGUGUCCAUGCUGCUCAUGAGUGUAAGAUCUGUUGUAUAAUCUGGAAUAGUGAGAACAUGCUGCAUGGGUCAUGCCUCAUCUACAACU